AUUAGAUUUAGGGACGGAAUAAACGUGGAGGCUGUCUGGUAGAAUGGACACUGUACUCCGUAUUCUCCGUAUACUAUCCUCAAUGCCACCUGCCAUAUCCACUUCUACUUCAAUUCCACAUCCCCUUCCACGGUCUCCCGACCGUGAUGGUUGACUCAGCACGAGGAUUUCCCGGAAGCCGAAAGCGGGCUGGCGGGGGGAGCGGGUUUCCGCCGAUAGAUAAGAGGAAAACUGUGACCUUAAAGGAUCGAAUAACACUUGAAUCGCUCUUCCCGAACUUCGGACGUGCCGGUCAUUCCGCCCUUUUCCCACCAAUCGCCGCCCGGUGCAACCGUUCCUCUCGUCGCGCGUUCCCACACCCCGUCUCGUCCGACUCCGGCUGCCUCGCCUUCCUCCGCUGCUCUUGCCCGUCAACAUAAAGCCUCUUCUCUGUCCCUUCUUCCCUUCCAUCUUCACUCACUCACUUCCUCUCUCUCUCUCUCUCUACCUCUCUGAUACCCAAUUGCCUCCCGUCUCGCUUGACUUAUAGUCUUUCGCUGCACGGCUCAGAGCUUUAAUCCUUAAUACUUCCUUUCACACCGCCAAAGACAUAUCGCCACCUUCCGUCACAAUGUCUAACCUUCCCGUCGAGCCCGAGUUCGAGCAGGCCUACAAGGAGCUUGCCUCCACCUUGGAGAACUCCACUCUCUUCCAGAAGAACCCCGAGUACCGCAAGGCUCUCGCCAUCGUCUCCGUCCCCGAGCGUGUCAUCCAGUUCCGUGUCGUCUGGGAGAACGACAAGGGUGAGGUCGAGGUCAACCGCGGUUUCCGUGUCCAGUUCAACUCGGCUCUCGGCCCCUACAAGGGUGGUCUCCGUUUCCACCCCUCCGUCAACCUUUCCAUCCUGAAGUUCCUCGGUUUCGAGCAGAUCUUCAAGAAUGCUCUGACCGGCCUGAACAUGGGUGGUGGUAAGGGUGGCUCCGACUUCGACCCCAAGGGCAAGUCCGACAGCGAGAUUCGUCGCUUCUGUGUUUCCUUCAUGACCGAGCUUUGCAAGCACAUCGGUGCCGAUACCGAUGUUCCCGCCGGUGAUAUCGGUGUCACUGGCCGUGAGGUCGGCUUCCUGUUCGGCCAGUACCGCCGCAUCCGCAACCAGUGGGAGGGUGUUCUCACCGGUAAGGGCGGCAGCUGGGGUGGUAGUUUGAUCCGUCCCGAGGCCACCGGAUACGGUGUUGUCUACUACGUUGACCACAUGAUCAAGCACGCCACGGACGGCAAGGAGUCCUUCGCCGGCAAGCGCGUCGCCAUCUCCGGUUCCGGAAACGUGGCUCAGUACGCCGCUCUCAAGGUCAUCGAGCUGGGUGGAUCCGUCGUGUCUCUGUCUGACAGCCAGGGUUCGCUCGUCGCCAAGGAUGGCAGCAGCUUCACCCCCGAGGAGAUCGACAUCAUCGCCAAGCUGAAGGUCGACCGCAAGCAGAUCGCCUCCAUCUCCGGCACCGAGACCUUCGCCUCCAAGUUCCGCUACAUCCCCGGUGCUCGUCCCUGGAUCCACGUCGGCAAGGUCGACGUUGCCCUUCCCAGUGCCACCCAGAACGAGGUCUCCGGCGAGGAGGCCCAGGCCCUGAUCGCCGCCGGUGCCAAGUUCAUCGCCGAGGGUUCCAACAUGGGCUGCACCCAGGCCGCCAUCGACAUCUUCGAGGCUCACCGUGAGGCCAACCCCGGCGCUGCCGCCAUGUGGUACGCCCCCGGUAAGGCCGCCAACGCCGGUGGUGUCGCCGUCUCCGGUCUCGAGAUGGCCCAGAACUCGGCCCGUCUCAGCUGGACCGCCCAGGAGGUCGACGCUCGCCUGAAGGACAUCAUGGAGUCCUGCUUCAAGAACGGUCUCGACACCGCUCGCGAGUACGCCACCCCCGCCGACGGCAUCCUGCCUUCCCUGGUCACCGGUAGCAACAUUGCCGGUUUCACCAAGGUCGCUGCCGCCAUGAAGGACCACGGUGACUGGUGGUAAAUUAUCGCAUCCAGUUCAGCCCAGUGAACUCAUCUACAUAAAUCCUCACAAAAGAGAGAUGGAUGAUGUCCAAAAACGAUCUGUGAUCAUGAUGACGAAUUUCGUUUGAUGUUUUUUUUUCUUGUUCGGUUUCUCAAGCGCGUGUGUUAAGGAUAGAGGCGCCGGUUUUCGUUUCUUAAUGUUCAUGUAGAUAGGACGUUUUUUAUGCCAGUGCAUAUAUUAUGAAUAUAUACCUAUUAUUUU